AGACGAUAUGCAAGAUAUACAACAUGACUACUGGAGUCCUUCCCAAUGCUAUCCUUGGCGAGUCAACCAGCUUGGAGGUCGAUAUAUCAACGGAAAACCACUUCCCUUYGAAACACGGAUGCAAAUUUUAUAUUGCGCAAAAAAUGGUGUUCGCCCGUGCGACAUCAGUCGRCAGAUGAAAAUAACWCAUGGAUGCAUCAGCAAACUUUUGUCAAAGUUCAAAAAGACUGGAUCCAUGACUCCUGGUUCAAUCCACCAAGAAAAAACAGCUUUUUAUGAACUWAAAAAGAUGCAAAGAGACUUUGAAGAACGAGAAAGAACCUUGAGUAGUUUACCUAUYAGUCUACCGCCCACUGCAAUUCCUGAAACCGAGGUCCAGUUAAAUGACUGUCCUAUCAUAGUCAGUGCGAACCAUGUAAGCAAAGUCUUGCCACACAGACAUGGUAGAACUGAAGAAACCCAAAUAGCGCGCGAAUCGCAAGGAAAGGAAAAAGCUAUUUUACAUCCUUACAAGCAUUCUAUCGACGAGAUAUUAAAYAAGAACAAGACAGUUGGCACGAAUGCAAAAGCACAAGCAAUUGGCGAUAUUGUCGAUUCAAUGGUCUAUACAAAUUAUUUGCCAACAACGUCUAAAGUUAAGAACACCGGCGUCGCACCUCGCAAAUCAAGCCAGCGGACUCAYUUUUCAAGAGAACAGCUAAGGAUCUUGCAAGAUGAAUUUAUGAUAAACCAGUACCCUGGACUAGCUGAAAGGCAAAAGUUGGCAAGAAUUCUGGACGUGAGAGAAAACAAAAUAAGGAUUUGGUUUUCCAAUAAAAGAGCUAAGUGUAGACAAAGCACUAAGGAAGCACAUGAAAGCCACAGAAGAUAUGAUCAGCAGGUUGAAAGCACCAACUAUACUUAUACGCAUUGUCAGUGCUGUAUGCUCCAAAGAUAGCAAGCUGUUUUACUAAUGGCCUUGACCGUGCUUCAAUACCAAACAAUUGCCUCAGAAAAUUUGUUCUUUGUUUCGAAACCAUAUAUGGCAAUCUUACCUUAUUUGGAAGUACAAGUGGACGGGUGUUUGGCGASGUCUUUCUCGACUUUUCCAUGAAAUCGAUCGUCUGAAACUUGUAAACAAUAUAGCGAAAACUAUUCUGAACAAUCUUCCAUUCUGUUUGUUUCCACGUACGGCAUAAAUUUACUUAAGAAAGGCUAAAACUAAAUUACACAGGGAUCUUGCACGAAUGAUAUGCAAUUCUUCGACAUGCAAUGAUCUYAACUCUAACAAAUCCCCAUAAAUUUAGCUAUUACAUUUACUGAAGAAU